CGCAAGGAUUUGACGAGACUCCGCCAUAUUGAAUCCCCGUAGAAAACGGCUAGCGUUUUCUCCCCAUCUAGCGGCGUAGAGGGGGCCGCUUUAUCCAUGGUCCCAAAUCGUUUUAACGGUUAAAUAUUUGCCCUCUCGUCUCCCUGUACGUCUCUCUGGUCCCGGGGAUCCGUACGGCAUCACGACGGACUCGUUGGCGUUAGUUCGAUACUUAACAGGGGGGGUGACCGGAGAAAGAAGUUGAAUGGAUCCGAGGGUAGCUUGGAUUCAGCCCGAACAGAAAGGACCUGCUAACGCCUUAUGGAUGCACGUCUGGGAAACCUCUCAGGGAGUACGGACACUCUCCGCUCAGCAGCUCCACAACCAGAACCACAACCAGUGUGUGAGUUACGCCGCGUUUGACGUUUUGAAAAAUGCGAGCAAGAGCUUUACGGGCAGCCAUCACAGCAUCAUGAACGCUUGCGGUAAGGACGCCACCGCGUCCUCCUCGCUGGGGAUGACGCUGUCCAACUGGAACGUACAAAGCCUUUUCACCUCCGAGACAGAUGUGGGGAAGGGAAUAACGCCCCCCAAAUCUGGAUCUAUCGCUUCUUCGUCGCCGUCGCAGGAAACCGGGGCGGACAGUCCCCCGGCCGUCUGCUCAAAGGAGAGAACUGGUUAUGUAUCUGUCAAUAAAAACGUCGGCGGUGCCAGCUUGCUCUUCAGUUUGGGGGACACCAUGGACAACAACCGCUACCACCAUCUUCAUCACAACCUACAGGACAUGCAGCACAUUUUUACUUUGCAGCAGCUGUGCGCUAAACGUCAGCAGGUCCCCCCCUCGGUACCUUCAGUGAACCACUCUCACCAUCACCACCACCCUGGCCGAAGGAAAAGUGACAACAAGGCCAGCACUUUUGGGGUGAAUUACUUGCUUUCUAACUGCACUAAUGGCAACUUUGCGAGCACUUGGACGCCCUGGAAGACGAGGAAUUACAAUCCCGGUGUCCUCGGGCUCCAUGAGGAGGUGAUGGACUUCUACAACUUUAUGUCUCCACGGCCGGAAGAGGCCGCUAUGAGGAAGGAGGUGGUCAACCGAAUAGAGAGGAUCAUCAAGGAACUGUGGCCCACUGCAGAUGUCCAAAUAUUUGGCAGCUUCAGCACAGGACUGUACCUUCCAACAAGUGACAUUGACCUGGUGGUGUUUGGAAAAUGGGAGCGCCCCCCGCUGCAAGAGUUGGAGCAGGCUCUUCGCAAGCACAACGUUGCAGAGCCGUUUUCCAUCAAAGUGCUGGACAAAGCUACUGUGCCAAUCAUCAAGCUUACUGACCAGGAGACUGAGGUGAAAGUGGACAUCAGCUUCAACGUAGAGACUGGUGUCAAGGCGGCCAGCUUCAUCAAAGAUUAUGUUCAGAAGUAUCCAGUGCUGCCUUACCUGAUCUUUGUGCUGAAGCAGUUCCUGCUGCAGAGAGAUCUGAAUGAAGUCUUCACGGGGGGAAUCAGUUCCUACAGCCUCAUCCUCAUGGUCAUCAGCUUCUUGCAGCUUCAUCCUCGUAUCGACACCAGAAACCCCAACGAGAACCUAGGUGUCUUGCUGAUCGAGUUUUUUGAGCUGUACGGCCGCCAUUUUAACUACUUGAAAACAGGGAUACGCAUUAAAAAUGGAGGUGCCUACAUUGCCAAAGACGAGAUGGCCAUGACCAACGGUUACAGGCCGUCCACGCUCUGCAUCGAAGAUCCACUGCUUCCAGGUAACGACGUUGGCAGGGGUUCUUAUGGCGCCAUGCGUGUCAGAGAGGUGUUUGACUACGCCUACACGGUUCUCAGUCAUGCCGUAUCGCCGCUUGCUCGCUCGUAUCCCAACAAAGACUCUGAAAGCACCUUAGGAAGAAUAAUCAGGUUGACCCAGGAAGUGAUCAACUACAGAGAGUGGAUCAUCAAAAAGUGGGGGGUCAGGGAUCUGGCACGGACUGAUAACAGAGUGCCAACACCCAAGGGGGCGGUGUCUGAGGAGGAUCCCAGCUGCGUGCUCGACAGCGGCGUGUCCUCAGAGGAGCAGCAGAGGGACUCGGCAUCCCCCCAGAGCGCAGACUCCCCUAUGUCCAUCUCUAGUCCCCAGCAGCACUCGUCCUCCUCCUCUGUCUCCUCGCUCUCCGGUUCAGAUAAUGAUUCUGAUUCAGCGCCACCAUGUCCUGUGCCUCCACCUCCUCUGCCACCGUACCCGUCAUUCCCGCCACUGGGCCUCGCUUUUCCACCGGGAUUUAGUCUCGGCACCGGCAAGCCCGCAAUGGGAGGGCCCCAACUGCUGUUGCCUCCUGGCUCACAGACUCGUGUCCCACUCCCUGGGGGUUUGACAAUGCACUCCAUACAUGGCAGACAGGUGUGUAUCGACACCGGUCUCCCUGCCUUCUUCCACAUGCACCCCUCAGCCCAUGCCCCCACCCCUUCCAGUCCCCAGCCUCCGCCUAGCCCCCACUCCAGCCACACUCACAAGAAUGGACCCAAGUUCAACGUGAAGGCCUUCCACAACCCGCCACUCAUCACCAACCAAGUUGUGACCAACCGCGGACACAUGCACACGCACAUGCACACACAGUACCACCGCAACACUUGGCGGCGCAGAAAGAGGGACAGCCUCCCGGUUAGUCCCAGCAGAUAGAGACGACUCCCUCCCUUCUAUUAUCGCCCUUCCCCCUCACAGAGACCAGCAGUUUUCACUCGACUGGGGCAACCGCUACAUGGAGCAGCCGACAGCUCUGCUUGACUUUUGUUCACUGCCUUGUAGCUUUUCAGUAUUAUGUUGCUGUCAGUAUUUUGUCUUCUCUCAGUUACGGCUUUUCUCGGUCUUCUCUCUCGCUCUCUCUCUCUUUCUCUCUCUCUCUCUCUCGCUCUCUCUGUGUGUUUUGUUUGACUGGUGCUGCUGGGAGCUUCCAUUCACCUCUCCAACCUUGUUGUGACCCGAGCAGCAAAGCUGUUCAAGGCUCAGCGCUACAGUUUAUUCACUUACUUUAUUUUGUGCAAUAUUUUUUGGGGGGAGGGGGGGACUAAACUAAAUGCUUAUUUAAUUUUGUGUGUUUAUACAGUAUGUCAAAAGCAUUUUUAUACAGUUUAUUUUAUUUUUGUAGUAGAGUUUAAUUUUUUUUUUUUUUACGGAGCCUUUGGGCGUCAUCUCUGGAUAGGAACCAAGAGAUGGAGAUCCCGCCUCUGCCCUUCUGAAAGGGAUAAGGAGCGCUUAUCUUAAAUAAUCCUCACGCUUUCCCUCCUCCAUCCGUCUCGUGAACGUCGACAAGGGGAGCCCGAGGACGUCGGGUUCCCCCCUCGCUCCGAGGCAUCCGGGAGGGAAGAGGCAGGAAAACUGCACGCUGCGAUAUCCCGCUGGGAAGUGAGGCGAGAAGUUGCAAUUGUAUUUUGCCAUUUGCAACCACAAGAUUGUUGCCAUAUUUCAUUCGUCACUGCCUUUUUUUUUGUCUUUCUCCACACUGGAGGUGUCAGCAUUGUGGAAAGAGUCACUUGGGUUUUAUGCUCAGUGUUUGGAAAGAGGCCAGCGAUGACUUGCUUGCACUAAAUCUGAGCGCAACUGUGCCGUGAAGCUGUAAAUCAGCGUAGGCCAACACUAUAAGGUGCUCAGCGAUAAGGGGCUUCCCUUUAUGGGUGGGGGUGGGAAGGUUGUACUCCUAAACCAAGGACUUGAGUCAAAGGGAUUUAUAUUUUUUGAUUCUAUUCAGGAAUCUUGUGUAUAUUUGAUUGCCAGGUACUUCCGCUAAUUGUUUGCGAUGCCUUUCUUUGUGUUUACUUGGUGUGUGUGUGUGUUGUUUCCCGCCACGCAGCGCUCACACACUUGUGACUGUGACGCGCCAACAACACUACCAUGCACCCCAGUGUUAUUUCUAUGCAAGUGGGUUACUCUUGAUUGUCUCUGGUUGGUUCUUUUUUUUU